AUGAAGCCUCUGUCCCUGCUCCUCGCUGUGGCUCUGGGCACGGCGACCGCCGUCUCGGCGGGACCCGCAGUGAUAGAGUGCUGGUUCGUGGAGGAUGCGGGCGGGAGCCGGUUGUCCAAGAAACCCGCUGCACUGCUGCUGCGCCAGAGCUCGGAGAGCCCACCUCCCCGGCCGGACCUCGACCCAGAGCGCUACCUCAAAGUGCACGACCCCGCGGGCACCCUCCUGGCCGCCUUAAGGCGAUACCCGCGGGACGCCCCCGCGCCACGCUGCGAAAUGAGCCACUACGUCCCGCUUCCUGCCUCGGCGAUCUGGGUCAGCGGCUUGACCCCGGAGCAGAGCUGCCCGCGGGCCCUGGAUGGGAGUUGGCUCAUGGUCAGCAUGUCCAGCCCGGUCCUCAGCCUCUCCAGCCUCCUUCGACCACAGUCCGAGCCUCAACCGGAGCCUGCUCUCAUCACCAUGGCAACAGCUGUGCUGACUGUCCUCACUCACACCCCCACCCCUCGCAUCCGAAUGGGACAAGAUGCCCUGCUGGACUUGAGCUUUGCCUACACGCCCCCCACCCCCAAGGCUGCUACCUCUCUGGCCCCAGGUCCCCCUCCCUUUGGGCUGGAAUGGCGACGCCAGCACCUGGGUAAGGGGCACCUGAUGCUGGCUGCGACUCCUGGGCUGAGUGGGCAAAUGCCAGCUGCCCGAGAGGGGGCGGUGGCAUUUGCCGCUUGGGAUGAUGAUGAGCCCUUGGGACCAUGGACCGGAAAUGGGACCUUCUGGCUGCCUGCAGUGCAGCCCUUCCAGGAGGGCACCUAUCUGGCUACUGUACACCUGCCAUACCUACAAGGGCAGACCACCCUGGAGCUUGCCGUACUGAAGCCCCCCAAGGUGACCCUGACGCCAGCACCUCUUAUAUGGGCUGCCCCCAGGGAGGCACCCCCAGAGCUGCUCUGCCUCGUGUCCCACUUCUACCCCUCCGAGGGCCUGGAGGUGGAGUGGGAGCUCUGGGGUGGCCCAGAGGGUCGCUUUCAGAAGGCUGAGGGGCAGAGGUGGCUCUCCGCCCUGAGCCAUCACUCAGAUGGCUCCGUGAGCCUCUCUGCACACCUGCAGCCACCCCCGGUCACCACCGGGCAGCAUGGGGCACGCUAUGCCUGUCGUGUCCACCACCCCAGCCUGCCCGCCUUGGGGCGCAGCGCCGAGGUAACCCUGCAGGUAGCUGGUCUCUCUGGGCCCUCUCUGGAGGAUGGCGUAGGCCUCUUCCUGUCUGCCUUUCUCCUCCUUGGGCUCAUCAACGUGCUGGGCUGGGCCGCUGCCUACCUGGCAACUUCCAAGGAUUCAAUGGAAAAGGUAAUGACAUCUACCUUCCUUUAUUUUUCCCUUCUCAUUUUAUCCCCUCUGCCCAACUCCUCACAGGAGGGAGGCUACUGGCUUGGUGGGCAGAACCCAGACUUGGAAUUCACACAGACCUGCAUUAAAUCCUGCCAUCUCAAACAUGCUACACCUCAGUUUCCUUGGGUGUAG